CUCCGACCUAUCUACAACGUAGCUUUAGUUCUGUCAAACAUACUACCUAGGCAGCCACCUUGAUCUUUCAGAGUCCUGCGGAAAACCCACACUCAUAGAAAGCUUGAUCAAGUAAAGAUGGCCCCUGGAACAUCGGCCACAGAGAUCGGCUCGCUUGAGCAACUCACUCAGGCCAUAGGCUCUGAUUCGAACAGCACGGUCCUGGUCUAUUUUUACAAUGGCCUCUCCAAAGAAUCGAAACCGUCGCACAUGUCCAAAAUCUUCGAGGCAUUUGCCAGCAAGUCCCAGGUUGCCGGCUCUGCGCUAGGUCACGUCCGGUUUCUCCGAGUAGAUGUGGCGAAGAAUCAGGAUAUCGCUGCCACCUUUGACAUCACGAACCCUCCCGACAUUCUCGCCUUCCGAAAUGGCGAGCCCAUACCACUCGAGGCCCUCCUCCCACAGCUCCAGCAAGAGCUCAAGGCCGGCGGAGCUGGCUCCUCGAGCGGGAGCGCGGCAGAAGGCAGCGGUAACCAGGCCGCCUGGCUCGGCGCAGACCUUCCACGUAGCUACAAGGAUGUCACAGAGCAGGUUGAGAUGAAGAGGGUCGAGCUGCUCAACGUCGAUGGCGAGAAAGGAAACGUUAGGGUUCUUUUCUCCGGGGCGAAGCCAAGUGCUUUGACUACCGGCAAGGGCAACGAGAUUGACUGGGUGGAGAGCGAUACAGAUGAGCAACUGCUGCUUUUCAUGCCUUUCCAGGCAAUGCUGAAGCUUCACACUCUUCAGAUCACUUCGAUCCCGCCAACUGGUGACGAUGUGGAUGAGGACGAGAAACCGAUGCGGCCCAAGCUUAUCAAGCUCUUUACCAACCGCCCUACCAAUCUCGGGUUUGACCAGGCCGAAAGCACAGCACCUACUCAGAUGAUCGAGAUUUCUGAGAGUGACUGGAAUGCCGAAGGAACUGCCAAUAUCCCGUUACGCUUUGUCAAGUUCCAAAACAUCAACAGCCUAAUUAUAUUCAUUGAGGCUGGUGACGGUAGCUCAGAGUCGGAGAAGGUGCGGCUAGACAGGCUACGACUGAUUGGAGAAACCGGAGAGAAACGGGAGAUGGGCAAGUUGGAGAAGAUUGGCGAUGAGCCUGGAGAAUAGAGUCAAGUCGAGUUGGCGUUUGAUUCUACAAAGCUCAGCCGAAAUCUUGGCGGAGGAGAAGAGUCAUGAACAACCCAGAUAUAACAAUUGGCCGGAUCUGGUUGCACAGAGUACGUAUUACGCCAGUGCUUGCUUUGCUUGGCUUGGGACAUAGAUGAUGGUGGGAAUUAAUCUCGAUAGAUAGGUUGUCGUUGCUGGAUCCCAAUGCAGAUGGGUCCCAAGACAUAGAAACAGGGCCAUGAUCUGGCUCAUUCAAUGAAUGACUGGUCACUUGAUCAAUCUGGUUGGAUUUUCCAGGUAGUUGACGCGAUACUGCUUCGACUCGCACAACACACGAUAUGGCACAGAUCAGCC